CAGCUCGUUACCCGACGUCAGGCUACUGUACGGCCGACGUGUCAUCGACAAUUUAACUGUAUGACAGCCAGUUUACAAUGCAAGGGAGCCAUUUGUUUUUAGAACAAGAUCAUUUUGAGGUUCCUUUCUUUAUUACGCUUUUAAGCUUGAUAGCUAACUAACUAGCAUUGCUGACGGCAAACUAGUUAGCAACUUGUUAGCUGGCUAGCAACAGGGAUCCUCCCAGCACUGUGAUUGCUAGUAAGCGUUAGCUAUACUGUCUUUUUUAUUCUUCAAUUAAUAUAUUUUAAGUCUGCUGUCAUCCUUGUUUGGACUUGAUUUAAUUAGCCCGUGUUUCGUGGCCAGUCGUUUUUCUUGACAGGAUAACGUAAACAGUCAUUGUUUAUCGAGGCUCAGCUGUAGCUCGCUGCCUCUAUUGUUUACAUGGAUACGGUCAGCUGAAGUGUACUGUGGGCAUGUGGUGGUCAUAACAAAACUGGAUCAGCUACAGAACAACCACAGUGGACUUAUGGAAAUGGGACUGGGAGGUAGCUAACGUCUAUCGACGUUAGUCAAAACUCUACAGCCGACUCUCUACCUAAAUGAGGAUGAUCUGGGCUUUGAAGGAGGACAGCUGUACAUGCUUGACUGUUUGACUUUGUGUGGGCGUUGGGCAGAGGACAAUAGUUUGUUUGUCCAUAUCAAAGCUUAACGGGAAACUCCACGAGGAGAACUGGAAAUCAACGGUGUAGGGGACUAGUCCACACUUCUGGCACUGGGAUGUUGCUGAAGACCCUACUUAUCGCCAGUCUUCUGGGCUGGGCGAAAUGUCAAGAGAGCCAGAGUAUGACCCUAGAGGAGAAGACUGUUAUCAGGGACCAGAUUAUUGAAAUGUUUGAUCACGCUUACGGCAGUUACAUGAAAUAUGCUUAUCCAGCAGAUGAGCUGAUGCCGCUAAGCUGCAGGGGGAGAGUCCGUGGCCAGGAGCCCAACAGAGGGGACAUAGAUGACUCUUUGGGGAAGUUUUCUCUCACACUGAUUGACACCCUUGAUACCCUGGUGGUGUUAAACAAGCUUGAUGAGUUUGAGGAUGCAGUGAAGAAGACCGUGACGGAUGUGCGUCUGGACAACGAUGUGGUGGUGUCUGUGUUUGAGACCAACAUCAGAGUUUUAGGAGGGCUUUUGGGAGCCCACGUGAUGGCUGACCUGCUACAGCAGCGUGGGGAGAGGAUGCAGUGGUAUCGCGAUGAGCUCCUACACAUGGCCAAAGAGCUGGGCCAUCGAUUACUGCCUGCCUUUAACACCACAAGUGGCCUUCCCUACCCUAAGGUGAAUCUGCGGUAUGGAGUCCUAAACCCACUUUCGCGCACAGGCACGGAAUCGGACACCUGCACAGCGUGUGCUGGAACAAUGAUCCUCGAGUUUGCUGCUCUCAGCAGGCUGUCAGGAGAGUCUGUGUUUGAGGAACAUGCAAGGAAAGCUCUGGAUGUCCUCUGGCAGAGGAGACAGAGGGGAAGUAACUUGGUGGGGACAGUCAUCAACAUCCACAAUGAAGAAUGGGUCCGGAGGGAAAGUGGAGUCGGUGCUGGUAUCGACUCCUACUAUGAAUAUCUGAUGAAGGCCUACAUACUUCUAGGAGACAAUGUUUUUCUGGAGAGGUUCAACGUUCACUACAGUGCCAUUAUGAAGUACAUCAGUCAGCCUCCCCUGCUGCUCAAUGUGCACAUGCACAACCCCACUGUGAGCGUGCGCAGCUGGAUGGACUCUCUCCUGGCGUUCUUCCCCGGCUUACAGGUAUUGAGAGGAGAUCUGAAACCAGCUAUUGAGACUCAUGAAAUGCUUUACCAAGUCACCAAACAGCACAAGUUCCUUCCGGAGGCAUUCACUACAGAGUUUAGAGUUCACUGGGGCCAACACCUACUGAGACCAGAGUUUGCCGAAAGCACCUACUACCUCUAUAAGGCCACUGGCGACCCCUACUACCUCAGAGUGGGACAGUCCAUCGUGGAAAAGCUCAAUGCUUAUGCCAGGGUGCCUUGCGGGUUCGCUGCUGUGCAGGAUGUCCGCACUGGGACCCAUGAAGACAGGAUGGACUCGUUCUUUCUGGCUGAGAUGUUUAAAUACCUGUACCUGCUGUUUUCGGAGAAGAGCCAGCUGCCCAUCGAUAUUGACGACUACAUCUUCACCACGGAGGCUCACCUUCUCCCCGUAUCUCUCUCCACCACCCAGCCUCCCUGUCAAGGCAACGCCACGGAGGCAGUUCCUGUUGCUCAAGAAGAAGAUCUGUUCACACACUCCUGCCCCAGCAUGGAGACGUUGUUCCCCAACAACCCCUCGUUUGCCAAAACCAUCCGGGACAACUACAAGUACCUCACCGGGGUGGGACGAGCCUUCCACCCCUCACCUGUCAGGGAAAUUGAACUACCGCUCCAUGAUAACGGGAUGGAGCCAGUAGAGUUCUUGAAAAGCAUGGGCAUUUCUCUCACUCCGCUGAACGAGGUCAUGGUAGGAGACACCGGGAGUCGGAAGGAGCAUAGAGGAGUGUACCGGGUAAAACUUGUGGCAGAGGUGAGCCACACAUCAGAGGAGGAGGAGGUGGUGCCUCAUGUUGUUCAGCUCAUCUCCCCCCCAUUUCUGGGUAGGACAGUCCUCACAGCGGGACCUGCCAAGUUUGGGAUGGACCUCACCAAGCAGGAGCACGGGGUGAAGGGCAGCAUAGUGAAAGCCUCUCCCUACUCUGCCUGUGGGCCAAUAGACAACGCUGUGGAGCUUAAAGGGCAUAUCGCUCUGGCAUUGCGUGGGGACUGCAUGUUCGCCAUAAAGGCUCGUCGGCUGCAGGAAACAGGAGCCAUAGGAAUCAUCUUUAUAGACCACCGUGAGGGAAGUAAUAGCGAGGAUACUCCCCUCUUCCAGAUGGUUGGAGAUGGCGACUCCACUGAAGACCUCACUCUGCCUUUGGUCUUCCUGUUCAGCCAGGAGGGGGCCGUGCUCACAGCAGCUCUGGAGGAAAAUCACAAUGUAGAUGUGCUGCUGCUGCCCAAGGAGAGGCAGCUAGGACACGAUAAGACGGACAAACCUGUCGGCAUGAACAUCAAACUCCGUCUGGCAGAGGAGGGGGAGCUGGAGGACGGAGCAGCCAGAGGGCACACCUUGGAGUUUGUCUUGGAGAAACAGGGGGUGUUUCUUAAGGAAGAAGAGAAGGAAGAGCCACAGCAGCGGCAGUUCUGCACAAAGGCCGCAGAGAAAGACAGAACUGAAGCGCGUUCAGCAGAUUCCUCUCAAACCACAAACUCUAACAGUGCACCAGACGCAAAGCCUUGACCACUGCUGAUCCCUGAGCAGCCAAGUUUCCUAACACUGAUCUCUCAUCAGUUUCUGAAUGGCGUGUGCCUCAGAGCUCCACACUGCCCUACAUGGAGUCCUAACUGACCCAGCCUGCAUGUUUACAACUGAUGGAGGAGAGCAAAGCAGUGUGACGGCCACAUUGUUAUCCCGUCUUGACUUUGAAACCUAAAGAUGGUUCUACAUUUAUUAGACAGGGAGUCAAAGUGGGGCUUUUACACUGAGGCCCAAAGCUGAAAGUGAAGAUGCCUGUAGUGUUGCUAUUGUAGGCACAUACAAGGUGUUUGUGAUGCUAAUGACGUAAAACAUUAACUAGAAUUUAAAAUGGCCUCACUAGAGGAAAACAUAGAUACGGUGAAAAUAUACUCGGCUAGGUUUUUAUGCAAUGCAGUUUGUUUUUAACGUAGAGUGCACCUUUUCACUUCAACAACCACUGGUAAAUAUUCAGUGACGGUGAAUGGAGCCUUGCAUGGCCACUAGGUGGUGUUAGCUGCCGUAGCUUCUCAGUAAUAUAUUGUUAGUAGAUGAAGGAGAUUAGCUGGGGCCAAUUUGGAAAGUUUAUUUUUUAUUUUGUACUAGAAAGCAACUUCAGGGAAUUUGAAGCGUGAAUGCAGUUCGCUAGGUUGACCCAUUUGAUGAAAGGUUUGUAUGUGUGUGUGUGUGUGUGUGUGUGUGUGUUCUGCAUUUCCUGUGUGGGCGUGUGUGCAAGGUGUGUUAUAAGAUCAUUGCUCUCCAAUGAAACCCUCCUGUCUUCACACAGUCACAUCAUGCAAGGAAUUAAAAAUGAAAAGUCUGUAGGAUCUUAGGUUUGGAUUUUUCAGGCUUUAUGCUACUUUUUUCCCCUAACCUACAAAUAACUGUAGUCAUUAUUAAAUUGUAAUUAUUCAUGCCAUCUUAAAACAAACCUUGCAAAAAUGACCAAAGCUGGUUUUCUUGCAGCUGAAGUCUACAUGUAACUGCUUUAGUUUCCAGAUGCAGCAUCACAGGUGGGUCUAUGCACUUUGAAACACAGGUAUGAUCGUCUAUGGCAGAUACAUUUGUAUGCGUGUCAUUUAUCAUCCCGUUUAUAUUGUGCAAUGGUGCAACGUUUUUAGCCACCUUAAAAUAAAAGGAAAACUCUACAGGGUUAUUAAAAAACAAACAAAAACAAAACGGAGCCAAUUGAAUCAUGAACAUUGUUUCCAAAGUAUAAUAGAUACAGUUGUCUCGUCUCUCUACAACUAAACCAUAUUCUGGGCAUUAUGUGUAAAUCACUUUAUGAAACGAUCCAUAAAGAUUGGUUGGUGCAUAUUCACUUCAUUCUCACUAAUAAUUUGUUGCAUGAUUUUUGUCUUUGUGGUACAUUAAAUGUGAGUUUAUGUUUUCCUUUAUGAUUUAACAGUGAACGUGUUCCUGAUGCUGCUGAGUUCAUUUUAAGUCUUAAUCCAACAUGACUGUUUUUUUUUUUUUAUGCCUGUAUGAAGCGUUUGCCAACCCGUAUACCUCAGGACUGUGUGUGUUUUAAAGUUCACACAGAGAAAAGGACUGUGGACAAGAAGCAGAGAACCGUUUCUUUUCUCAUUUUUCAUGCUAUUUAAUUUUCAGCUGUUUUCUGGCUUUUGUUGAUCACUGGCUGAAAGUCAAGUGCCAAAAAAGAUGCAUGACAUGGCUCCUUUUUCUGUUUCACAUCGUCUCUGUAUUUAGUUUCUGACUGUGAGCUGAGGCAGUCUCAUCAAUAAAUGAUCACAAUUAUCAAACAUUUUACCUCUUUCCUGAAUUAUAGGUUUACAUUACUCUAAAUGUUCAGCGGAUGUGGAAUAUAUCAGCUCAGGAAUAUUUUUUUCUAUUAAAAUACUCAAAUCUGGAACUGUAAACUAUUUCACUGUAUUUUACUUCAGUAAAAAAAAAAAGUAAUAUAAAGGAUGGAGUAACAACAAUAUAAAUUAUUUACAUAUUACUUCUCUACUCAUUAAGCUCAUUUAGUUUACUUUAAUGUGAAGUAUUCAGAGAGGCCACGCACCAAUGAUUCACAUACGAACAUUUAUAAAAAAUAAAAUACAUUAUUAAACAGAGUGUAUGAAGAUCCUGGUGGUCAUGUAGUCGAUAAUAGUCAUUUUAAGUAACUUCAAAGUGAAUGAUAGAUAUUUCCCACAUGAUAAAUGAGCCAUGUUUAUACAACAUUUAUACCACUAGUAUUCAGUGUUGAUACACAAGAUAUAUUCCACUGGCAGUAGUCCAUUUUGACAGAAACAGCUUCUGUCAAGUGAUGGUGGCCAUCCAAAAGUUUUUGUUUCUUUUGAAUUUUAGCCUUUGUUUGGUUCGGUCUUAUAAGCAAACAAACAGCUGCCAUUUUCCCUUUGUGCUGUGUUUGGCAAAGCACAAUGGAGUAAAUAGGCAGCAUAGGCAACAAUAGAAAGAGUUUAUACAUGAUAUGUUUGUGUAAUACAUAACUGUUAAAUGCUCAUCAACUUUCUCCCUCAACCACUAUCUUAAUUACUAGCAAAUAUGUGUUUGAUGAUUAAUUAAUUUAUCAUUAUUCCUUAAUUAUUAGUUGAAGUAUAAACUCUACAGCAUUAAAAUGAGAUUAUCCGUUUUUAUCAGCACAUCUCUGACGGUGUGUAAACCAUUGUUAUUUAAACCGGUUUUACAACGUCAUCACGUCUCACGUCGACCUCCUGUGCCCUGUUUGUUAAUCUCUCAGUAAACUGUUGCCUUCAGAUGCUGUGGGAAACAGUGGCACCACGAUUGUAGUGUAUUUUUUGUUUUUUUGUAGGUUGUUUUUAUUUGCAUGAUUUUAUGGAAAUUGGGACAUUGAAAAUGAUCCAUUAUGCAAUAAAGAACCAUUGUGUAUGCUCAA